GUGAGCAGCGAGAGAGUGCGUACCAGACGAGCUGCUGACUGACGGACUGACCGGCGGGUCUAAAGGAGACACUGAGACCUCAACACGGGUCAUAGUGACCAUCAUCUACCUGAGACCACACCGCCGCCUCAACACGGGUCACAGUGAUCACUAUCUACCGCCAGCUCGGGUCAUAGUGAUCAUCAUCUACCGCCAGCUCGGGUCAGCCUCUUUGGGGCUACAUAAGGACGAAUCCUGGAAGCACCCGGAGAACCGCGGAUAUCUACGCGGCAUGGAUGCUUCGUGGGCCGCGGCAGGUGUGAAGAGAUGCCGGGGGAGCCGCCGGCGGGGACCGGCCGGGUGGUGCUCGUCAAGAAGAUCAUCAUGAAGGACGGAGCCGCGCUCCAGCAGGGCAUCGGCCGGCCCAGUGUUUAUCACGCCGUGGUGGUGAUCUUCCUGGAGUUCUUCGCCUGGGGAUUACUCACCACGCCCAUGCUCACUGUUUUACACGAAACAUUUCCCCAGCACACAUUCCUGAUGAACGGCCUCAUCCAGGGCGUGAAGGGUCUGCUGUCGUUCAUGUCUGCUCCUCUGAUUGGUGCGCUGUCGGACGUGUGGGGCAGGCGGACCUUCCUCCUGGUCACCGUCUUCUUCACCUGCGCUCCGAUCCCUCUGAUGAGGCUCAGCCCCUGGUGGUACUUCGCCAUGAUCUCCAUGUCCGGAGCUUUCUCCGUCACCUUCUCCGUCAUCUUUGCCUACGUUGCCGAUGUGACAGAUGAAAGAGAGAGGAGCACAGCCUACGGUCUGGUGUCGGCUACUUUCGCGGCCAGCCUGGUGACGAGUCCGGCCAUCGGGGCGUACCUGUCGGCCUGGUACGGGGACAACCUGGUGGUCCUGGUGGCCACGCUGAUCGCCCUGGCUGACAUCUGCUUCAUCCUGCUGGCCGUGCCCGAGUCUCUGCCAGACAAGAUGAGGCUCAACACCUGGGGGGCGCCCAUAUCCUGGGAGCAGGCUGACCCCUUCACUUCUCUGAGGAAGGUGGGUCAGGACCCGACAGUCUUACUGAUCUGCAUCACUGUAUUCCUGUCUUACCUGCCGGAGGCCGGACAGUACUCCAGCUUCUUCCUCUACCUGAGACAGGUCAUAAAUUUCUCCUCCACAACCAUCGCUGUGUUUAUUGGAGUGGUGGGCAUUCUGUCCAUCGUAGCACAGACUCUCCUCCUCACACUGCUGAUGAGGACUCUGGGUAACAAAAACACCGUUCUGUUGGGUUUGGGAUUCCAGAUCCUCCAGCUGGCCUGGUAUGGCUUCGGAUCAGAGCCAUGGAUGAUGUGGGCAGCUGGUGCUGUAGCAGCGAUGUCCUCCAUCACCUUCCCAGCUGUCUCUGCUCUGGUGUCACAGUCUGCUGAUCCUGAUAAACAAGGUGUGGUCCAGGGCAUGAUCACAGGGAUCAGAGGUCUGUGUAACGGUCUGGGUCCGGCUUUAUACGGAUUCAUCUUCUUCCUCUUCAAUGUGGAGCUCAACACCUUGGACCCCAUCGAGGGAGAAUUCAACGUGGACCCCCUUCCUGUGCAAAGUCCCACUGAGCGAGGCCUUAUCCCCGGCCCACCUUUCCUGUUGGGGGCGUGCAGCGUGGUCUUCGCCUUCAUCGUCGCCCUCUUCAUCCCCGAGAAACCCACCCGCUCCUCGUCCUCCUCCCCCUCCCAGCUGUCCCUCAGCGACAAGCCCCAGCUGGACAGCAAAGAGUCCAUGUCCUCGCUGGCCGGCGUCCACAUCAACACGCCCCUCCCGGGCAGCGAUGAGGAGGCCCAGCCCACCGCCAGCGACGAGGACUUCGAGCCGCUGCUGCAGGACAGCAUCGUUUGAUGGAGGGCAGGUCUUCCGUCGCGGCUCGACAGAUCAACAUUCCGUGCUGAACCAGUGACUCAUUUUCUUUGCUGCAGGGCAGAACUAAGUGUACUUUAUUUUUGUCAGAAGAUGGCGAUCGGCAGCAAGGAAGCUCCGAUGGCUUUUGUUUUCAUAGCCAGGAGGCGGUGCUACUUCAGCGACAAGUAGCCAAGGAUGUAACAUCUUGUGAGCGACCAAUGAGGAUGUUUCUUUCACAAGAGGACGGGAGCAAAGAGCUGCUAAUAAGAUGUCUCCCUGCAAUUUGACAGAAGAGACGAUGGGGGCCGCCAGGGACAGCACAGUUCAAAGGGAAACCAUCGAUUGAUUGACAAGCGGAGGGAAUAACGACAGGUCUGGCCAGGUUUGGGACACGCCCACAUAAAUUUGAGGUUUUCACAGAAGGGUUAUCGUUCAUCUUUAAGCUUGAAGUCAUUGAUUGUUAUUUUUUUGUGAUAAACAAGAAAAGGUGUUUUUUACCUUCAGCUGUAUCAUUUUGAAGCCGUAUUUUAAUGCUGUGGUUUAGUUCUUAUUGGUUAUUGUACAAAAUGAAACAUG